AUGGCAGCAGCAUGGGGAUGGCUCGAACCGCUGUAUCCGACGUGUGAGAACAUCGAGCUGAACGAGGCGAGCUUGACCUUUGGCCGGGGGAAGAAGGCCGACAUCCGGUUCAAGACCAACCGGGCGCUCUCAUCGAUGCACUGUGUGCUCGAGUACAAAGGGACACGCGACAAGCAUGUGCUCAUCCAGGAUGGCUUUGAGAUUGUUCUGGUCAAGCCAGAUGCCGACGCGCCUGACCCGUUUGCCCCUGACGCGGUCAUUGUGCCGCUGGGGUGGACGUUUCGAGCGGCAGCCUCGCCGCCGAUGGCGGCGGCGCUGCGGACCAAGCCUGCGGCAGGCACCCGGGCCGCGGCGCUCGCAGCGGAAGACGACCGCGAGUCCGAGUCGGACGGCGACGGAACGCUGACGCGCGAGUCGUCGGCCGACAUGGUGGCCACCGGCGAGUAUGAGGACCUGAAAAAGAACAUGAUGCCAACGGUGGUGCGACGGCUGGCCGAGAACAUCGUGGCACUGCCAAAGGCGGCAGCGGUGUCGGGCAAGGAGCUCGGGGCCGCACAUCUGCGGGCGCGGUCGUCGCUCGUCGAAAUCACCAAGCUCACGUCGCGGCUCCUGGCUGAGGCCGACGACGAGACCCGUGCCAAGUUUGGUCCGGCCUCUGAGAGCCUCCACGAGCGACUGGAACACUCGGUCGAGCUGACCGGGCGCAUUGCCGAGACCGGCGAUGGCCCGAUCUUCUCCGAGCUCCGCGAGCAGAUUGCGCACUCGGUCAAGGCCGUCUCGGCCUGCAUCGCGCCGUACAUCAAGACGGUGAAAGACGGCGGUCAGCGACCGGUGACGAUCAAGGUCAGCGCAGAGACAGGCGCAAGCGUGAGUGUGGCUGCGGGCGCUGGCACUGGCACAGGCAAGCCGUCACCGGUCUCGUCGCCGCGGCUGCGACGCAUCUCGGUCUCGUCGGCCGACGACUCGGAGGCUGACGACGACUACGACGAAGAAUACGACGAGGAUGAGGAGUUUGGCUCGCCCGAGUCGUGGCUGGAACGCAUGCGCGGUGCGCCCGAGUCGGCGCUCAUCUACGAGCUGCAGCGUGUGCUUGACGAGUGCGACGACCUGUGGCGGGCCUCGUUCCUUGCGCUCGACGGUUUUGAGGUCCUGUGGGAUGUCAUGGCGCUCGUGGAGCAGCCGUCGCACGCCGGCGAGCCUGAGCUUGUUGACGCGGUCAUGUCUGCCGUCGCCGCGCUGGUCGACUCGGUUGACGGCCUUCAAGCAACCGCGUCGUCGUUGGCACAUGUAGCGCGGAUUGCGCGCGGGCUCACCAACGAGUCGGCCGAGUCACAGCGCAUUGCUGCCGAGCUCCUCGCUUGCAUCUGCAUUCACUCGGACAACGGGUACGCCAACGUUAUGACGGCGCUGGCAGAGAUGGGCAAGCCGCCGGGUUUGUCUGUCGCCGAGCUUUCCACAGCGCACGUCUUUCUCCCGGUCAUCCAGCAGAUCGAGAACUCGAACGAUCUAGUUUUUCUCACCUCUGCGCUUGCGCUUGUCAACGUCCUCAUCGGCGUGCCUGACGAUCUCGACGCGCGUGACGCGUGCCGCAACCACGUCAUUGAGCUUGGACUGCCGGACCGGCUCCGCUUCCUCCGCAACGCAUACAACGACUCGGAGCUGCUGGCGCAGAUUGAGGCGUUCUUUGAGCUGGGCGGACACGACCGCGAAGAAGCAAUGUACGGCGACGUGAACCUCAACGAUCCCAGACAGGUUGUCGACCUGCUCAAGGUCAACCUCCGACCGACGCCGUGCUACGAACCAUUCCGCAACAUUGUGCAGAUGUUCCUCACCAUGCCACACGAGGGCGAGUUUGCCGGCAACGUCUGGCGCGCGUUGGAACAGGUUGUCCGCGAGGCCGCGUGUGUGGUUUCGCCCGAAGAGGCCAAAGCGUUUACCAAGUCGCAGUCGAUCUCACAUGUCAUGGCGGUCAAGAUGCAGCUGGAGCGACUCGCUGCGCGCGACAAUCUCCACGGCAUUAUUGCGGCGCUCGAGGCGUCUAACACCAAGCUCAAGGAGCGUCUUGACGUGCUGCAGGGCUCCAACGCCGAGGUCUCGCAGUCGUUGCAGCGGCUGGAGGCAAACGUGGCCGCCCAGAUCAGCGCCCGCCGAAUGUCUGCAGCCUCGUUCAACGCUAUGUAUGCGCAGCAGACUGCCGCGUUGGCCAAGCGAACCGCCGCCGAGCGCGAAGCGUCCGCCGCAGCCACCACCAAGCUCCGCGCCCAGGUCUCGGUCCUCAACAAGGCUGUGGCACGGCUCGAGAAGGAUGUGAGCCUGGCGACUCGCGAGCGCGAUGCCCUUGCCCGCGAGAAGGUUGAGCUCCUUGCUCGCAUCGCCGAGGCCGGGCCGUCGUCGUCAAGUCCGGCUGGCUCGGCCAAGCCGUCUGCGCCGGCCGGGCCUACCGUUGCGGUGGCGCCGCCAGCAGCCACCCCGCCGCCACCGCCGCCGCCACCGGGUGGUGCUCCGCCACCGCCGCCGCCACCACCACCGGGUGGUGCUCCUCCUCCCCCGCCGCCACCGCCGCCAGGGGGUGCUCCGCCGCCUCCUCCUCCUCCUCCCGGUGGUGGCCCACCGCCACCGCCGCCGCCACCGGGUGGCGGGCCACCACCGCCGCCGCCGCCACCGGGUGGUGGCGGUGGCGGCCCGCCGCCGCCGCCGCCGCCGGGCGGACUUGGGCGCGGACCAGGAGCAGCGCCCGCGGGGCCCAAGGCGUCAGUGCCGAUGAAGAAGCUGCACUGGAAGCCGAUUCAGAAGCGCAAGCUGCCAAAGACCAUCUGGGAAGAGCUGGUCAAGUGGACCGGAGGCGAGGCCAAGAUCGCGAGUGGCAAGCUCGAGCGCAACAAGUUCUCGCCGUCCGAGGUAGAGGGCAUGUUUGCGGCCAAGGCUGCGCGGUCGGCGGUGGCGUCGGGCGCGUCAUCGUCGAAGCCCAAGCGAGUCUCUGUCCUCCCGCCCAAGCGCAACAACAACGUGUCGAUCAUGCUCUCGCAGUUCAAGCUGCCUGUUCCGGCCAUUGUGGAAGCGAUUCUCAAGAUCGACCUCGAAGUGCUGACCCUCGACCGCGUGGCCGGCCUCGUCAAGUACUGCAUCAUGGAAGAGGAGGUCGAGUCGCUGUCGAUGGUGCCAGCGGAGAUGGUGCCGAAACUUUCCAAUGCAGAGCAGUUUUUCUACGCCCUCAAGGACAUUCCGCACAUCCGCGAGCGCUUUGACGCCAUUUCUGCCCGGCUCAACUUUGACAUGCAGAUGGAGGAGCUUGUGGCUGGCGUGCAGGCGGUGCGGACCGCCAUUGUGGACGUCCAACUCUCCAGCGGCUUUAAGCGGCUCCUUGCGCUCAUCCUCGACCUCGGCAACUUUAUGAACGGGGUCAAGGGCUUCAAGGGCCCUACAGUUGGAUUCAACGUCGACUACCUGCUGCGGCUCAUCGACACCAAGUCGACUGACGGAAAGACGACGCUGUUGCACUACAUUGCGCAGCAAGCCGAGGACGACAUGCCGGAGCUACAUGCGUUUGCGGACGAGAUUGCGUCGGCAAAGGCGGCGAUGCGCCACCCGCUCGACAUCAUCCAGUCGCAACAGCGCGAGCUCGACAAGUCGAUAACCUCGGUUGGCAAGCUCCUCGCCAAGUCACAGGAUGACAUCGCGUUGCAGGAGGCGCUGUGCUCGUUCCACGAGGAGGCGCUCGACAAGUUUACCACCAUCUCGCAGACGGUCAAGGGCAUGUUGCUCGCGUACGAUGCUCUGGUGGAGUAUCUCGGCUUGCCGGCCAACAAGACCAAGUCGGAGGAGCUCUUUGGCAUGUUCUCCGAGUUUGUAGUCCAGUACCAGAAGGCCAUCCGCGACAACGCGCGAGCCAAGGCUGUGGCCGAGGCCAAGCGCAAGAAAGCGGAAGCCAAGGCGGCACACUCGGCAUCGGUGGCGGCCCGCAAGGCCAAGAAGGCCAAGGCCAAGGCCGAGGCGGCACUCAACGGUGGCGAUGCCAAGGCUACCCGCAAGAGCUCGCGGGCAUCGGCGAAGGCCUCGUCCAAGUCGGUCAAAUCCAAGAAGGCCAAGGCCAAGGAGGCGCGGAAGAAGAAGUCGCGCCCGAUGUCGCAGAUCUAUUCCACCAUCAAGAAGGGCGACUUCUACAAGGAGCGCGCCACCAUGCGCAAGCAAGCCACACUCCGCAAGGUUGCCACUGCCAUCUCUCGCAAGUAAAGGCUUGAAAAAAGCUCA